AAGGGUGUCGGAGGGGUCCGGGAGCGACAGGGGGCGGUCCCAGGGGAAGGAAGGCGGGGGAAGCGGGUGCUCCGGGACGAGCCUCCCGUGGGUCCCCGCCCCCGUCACGUGGGCUCCAGACCCGGCGGCCGCCGCCGGUCAGUCCGCGCGUAGGUCGGUCGGUCAGUUGGUCGGUGGGUCAGUGGCCUGCAGUUCGGCUCUCAACUCUCAUGUUCGGAAGUGGGAGGGACCCGGGAGCGGUCCGCACACCUGAGCCGCCCGGAGAGGAACGCUUCACGCAGUAAGAGAAGGAGGAGACUGAGCCUGGAGAAGGAGUCAUGGCUUCUGAGGCCAGCCAUGCACUGGAAGCUGCCCUGGAGCAGAUGGACGGGAUCAUCGCAGGUACGAAAACGGGUGCAGAUAUUAGUGACAGUACCUGUGAUCCUGGAUUGACCUCGCCGGCCUCCUACUUGAAUCCCUUCCCAGUGCUCCAUCUCGUUGAGGACCUGAGGCUGGCCCUGGAGAUGCUGGAGCAUCCUCAGGAGAGAGCAGCGCUCCUGAGCCAGAUCCCGGGCCCCACAGCUGCCUACAUAAAGGAGUGGUUCGCAGAGAGCUUGUCCCAGGUAAAUCACCACAGUGCUGCUAGUAAUGAAACAUACCAGGAACGCUUGGCACGUCUAGAAGGAGAUAAGGAGUCCCUCAUAUUACAGGUGAGUGUCCUCACAGACCAAGUGGAAGCCCAAGGAGAGAAGAUUCGGGACCUGGAAGUAUGUCUCGAAGGACACCAGGUGAAACUCAAUGCUGCUGAAGAGAUGCUUCAACAGGAGCUGAUGAGUCGCACAUCUCUUGAGACUCAGAAGCUCGAUCUGAUGACUGAAGUGUCUGAGCUGAAGCUCAAGCUGGUUGGCAUGGAGAAGGAGCAGAGAGAGCAGGAGGAGAAGCAGAGAAAAGCAGAGUCAGUUCUGAAUGUGAUCAGUGAGCUGCAGGAGCAGAUGUGUAGGCUGCAGCUGGACAUCCACAGGCAGAUUCAAGAGCGCCUCUUACUCAGUAGGGACCACCCUGAGGAGGUGGCUGCCGGCGACGGUGUGGCUGAGCCCCAGGCCUGCAGCCAGGACUGUGCCCGUUGGGAGGGGUCACCUGAGUUACUGCAAGAGCUCAAGCACCUCAAAAUCAAGGUGGAAGAGUUGGAAAAUGAACGGAAUCAGUAUGAGUGGAAGCUGAAGGCCACUAAGGCUGAGGUGGCCCAACUGCAAGAGCAGGUGGCCCUGAAAGAUGCAGAAAUUGAGCGUCUGCACAGCCAGCUCUCCCGGACUGCAGCUUUCCACAGUGAUCAUGUAGAGAAAGACCAAGAAAUUCAACGUCUGAAAAUUGGGAUGGAAACUUUACUUAUUGCCAAUGAAGAUAAGGACCGUCGGAUAGAGGAGCUCACAGUGCUGUUAAACCAGUACCGAAGGGUGAAGGAGAUCGUGCUGGCAACUCAAGGGCCUUCAGAGAGAAGUCUUUCAAUCAAUGAGGAAGAGCUGGAAGGAAGUUUCAGAAAACGGAAUACUACAAAUAAAGGUCCCGAGGAAUUAUUUAAACCAGAGUUGCCUCCAAGAUGUAGCUCUCCCAUAGGGGAGCCACCUCCGCUUCCACAGAAAUCACUGGAAACCAGGGCUCUGAAGAAACACUCCUGCAGUCUAGAAGACUUGAGAAGUGACUCUGUGGAUAAGUGUGCUGAUGGGAACAAACUCUCCCCAGUGGGAGAGCCCAAGGACAGCCCUUUCCCGGCGGAGCACAAAUACCCCACGUUGCCUGGGAAGCUUUCAGGAGCCAUGCCCAAUGGAGAUGCUGCCAAAUCUACUCCCCUUGCCUCUCAGCCUGACCCCACAGGAAACAGCCUGCUGAGGCUAAGAGACACAGAAAGUGGUUGGGACGACACUACUAUGGCCAAUGACUUCUCCUCCACGUCGUCUGGCACCGAGUCGGGCCCCCAGUCUCCCCUGACACCAGAGGGUAAACGGAGCCCCAAAGGCAUCAGGAAAUUCUGGGGAAAAAUCCGGAGAACUCAGUCAGGAAAUUUCAACACUGAUGCCCCAGGGGUGGCAGAAUUUCGACGAGGAGGGCUCCGGGCAACUGCAGGGCCAAGACUCUCUAGGACCAGAGACCCGAAGGGUCAGAAAAGUGACGCCAAUGCCCCCUUCGCCCAGUGGAGCACAGAACGCGUGUGUGCAUGGCUGGAGGACUUCGGCCUGGCUCAGUACGUGAUCUUUGCCAGGCAGUGGGUGACUUCUGGCCACACUUUACUGACAGCUACCCCUCAGGACAUGGAAAAGGAGCUAGGAAUUAAGCACCCUCUUCAUAGGAAGAAGCUGGUUUUAGCAGUAAAAGCCAUUAACACAAAGCAGGAGGAGAAGUCUGCACUUCUAGACCACAUUUGGGUGACACGUUGGCUUGAUGAUAUUGGCUUACCCCAGUACAAAGACCAGUUUCAUGAAUCCAGAGUUGACGGGCGCAUGCUGCAAUACUUAACUGUGAAUGAUCUACUCUUCUUAAAAGUCACCAGCCAACUACAUCAUCUCAGCAUCAAAUGUGCCAUUCACGUGCUGCACGUCAACAAGUUCAACCCCCACUGCCUGCACCGGCGGCCAGCCGAUGAGAGUAACCUUUCUCCUUCAGAAGUUGUGCAGUGGUCCAACCACAGGGUGAUGGAGUGGUUGCGAUCCGUGGACCUGGCAGAGUAUGCACCCAACCUCCGUGGGAGUGGUGUCCAUGGAGGUCUCAUCAUCCUGGAGCCACGCUUCACGGGCGACACCCUGGCUAUGCUUCUCAAUAUCCCACCACAAAAGACGCUUCUCAGACGCCACCUAACUACCAAAUUCAAUGCUCUGAUUGGUCCUGAGGCUGAACAGGAAAAACGAGAGAAAAUGACCUCACCAGCUUACACCCCACUGACCACCACAGCCAAAGUGCGGCCAAGGAAACUUGGAUUUUCACAUUUUGGAAACAUAAGAAAAAAGAAGUUCGAUGAAUCGACGGACUACAUUUGCCCGAUGGAGCCCAACGACAGCGUUCCUGACAGGGUCUACGGUGGCUACCGGGGCCUUAGCCCACUCGAUGCCCCUGAAGUGGAUGGACUGGACCAGGUGGGACAGAUUAGCUGAUGCCUGUCACCCAUCCUGUCUGUGCACCCUGAGAAUGCACAGUAACACCGUGUGUGUCACCGUAUAACUGCAUCGCAUCCCCUGCACAUGUGCAUGACUCUCGGAGGACAGUGCAGCCGCUAUGCACCCUGGGGCCAGUCUUUCUCCGAACCCCGAGGGUGGCCAGGGCAUGGAGUUACGCCUUUGCUGAGGGGCCAGACUUUGGGAACUGCUGCCAAAGGUGGACUCAGGAGGAGAGACCCUUAAAGAUGCUUGUACAUUUUUAGUGAUUCUUUAUGUCCAUCUUCAGCACCAGUGGAAAUGUGCGAGUCUGGACACAGGUCCAGAGACCGUGGGCAAUCCCCAGAGGCUCAGCUCUCAGGCCCCCCGCUGUGCUUCAGCUGAGGGCCAAUCUCAAGUGCCUUAGGCCUCGGGCCACGGAGUCUUGGCUGAGAUCACAGGGACAGCAGCAGGGUUUUCUGCCGCAGUGACAGUGUAACUGUGUUGUGCCUUCCGACACAGGUGGUCGCUUCCUUCUAGUAAUAAAAGCAGUAUUUAUGUAGAAAGCAAA